GGUACUGUACGCAGUACACCUCUCAACUCGGGCACUGGUCCUACUCGUUCCCGUUUCGCUGGCAGGCGGAGGCGGAGGCGUUGCCUGAACAAGAACCCGCGCGCGAGCCACCGCCGAUCCGCUGCUCCUCCUGACCUUCCUCCGUGCUCCGCGUAGCCAUGAGGUUCCUCCUCCUCUUCCUCCUCGCCGCCCUUCUCCUCUGGACCGCCGCGGCGUCCAAGCCGCCCCUUGACACCCUCGGCAUCCCCCCGCAAGAUGAGGCGUACUACAGGGGCGGCGUGAUCAAGUGCAGGGACGGAUCCAGCAAGUUCACCAGGGACCAGCUCAACGACGACUUCUGCGACUGCCCCGACGGCACCGACGAGCCCGGGACAUCGGCGUGUCCGGAGGGGAAAUUCUACUGCAAGAAUGUAGGCCAUGCUCCAAUCACGAUCUUCUCGUCUCGAGUGAAUGACGAUAUUUGUGAUUGCUGUGAUGGGAGCGACGAAUAUGAUAGCAACGUCACCUGUAAGAAUACUUGCUGGGAGGCUGGCAAGGCGGCAAGGGAGAAAUUGAAGAAAAAAGUGGCUACGUACAAAAGUGGUGUCGUUAUUCGGAAACAGGAAGUUGAAAGGGCAAAAGAGGCAUUUGCUAAAGACAAAGCAGAAUUAUCAAAAUUGAAGGGUGAAGAGAAAUUACUCCGAGGGCUUGUUGACAAGCUCAAAGAGCAAAAGACAUUAAUAGAGAAGGCUGAGGAAGAAGAGCGCUUAAGAAAAGAGAAGGAAGAAAAGAGAAUAAAAGAAGAAGCUGAGAAGCAAGCUGCUGAAGAAAAGAAAGCACCGGAUGCCUCUCAGGAAGUAGAUUAUAAGGAAACCGAUGGGCAUGUGCAAGAAGAUGAAACCAAGGUAGCUGAACAACAUGGUGGACAUGCCACAGAGCAUGAUAAUCAUGCACCAGAAAGUGGGACAUCUGUUGAACAGCAUGAUUUUGAAAGCCAAGAUGACUAUAGCAUUAAAGCUGGAACGGUAUAUGAAUCGCCGAAGGAGUCUGCAGCAGCAGCACCUACCAAAGAGCAGGAUCCUAGUUCUGACAAUCCUGAGGGUUUAUCAAGGGAGGAGCUAGGUCGUCUGGUAGCUUCUCGUUGGACUGGAGAAAAUGUAAAUGAGGUUAGUAAAGACGAUAAGAAGGGACAUGAAGAUGAACAUGAAAUAUCGGAACCUGCGGAAGAAGCACUUGAAGAUGAAUUAGAAAUACCAGAACCUGCUGAAGAAAAUUAUGGUGGUUAUCACUCAGAAGUUGAGGAUGACAGGCAUAAAUUUGUUGAUGAAGAGUUUGAUAAUGAAUCAGAAGAUGAAUAUGUUGAUGAUCAUGACGAACAUGUCGAGUCGUAUAAAUCCGAUGACGAUAAGAAAGGUGAUCAACAUUCAGAUUUAACUGCAUCGGGACAAUCAUCGUGGCUGGAUAAGAUUCAGCAAACCGUACAAAAUGUUUUCCAAAGAUUCAACUUCUUCAAGACCCCUGUGGAUUUGUCUGAGGCUUCUCGUGUUCGUAAGGAGUAUGAUGAUGCCAGCUCAAAGCUUUCAAAAAUUCAGUCUAAGAUUUCCACGCUAACCGAGAAGCUAAAACACGAUUUUGGUAACGAGAAGGAGUUCUAUUACUUUUACGACCAUUGCUUUGAGAGCAAGGAGGGCAAGUAUCUUUACAAGGUCUGUCCAUACAAGAAAGCUUCACAAUCUGAAGGGCACAGUUCCACUAACCUGGGGCGCUGGGACAAAUUUGAAGAAUCCUACAGAGUAAUGCAAUUUUCAAACGGCGACAAAUGCUGGAAUGGUCCUGACCGAAGCCUUAAGAUUAGGCUUAGAUGUGGGUUGAGUAAUGAGCUUAAUGAUGUCGAUGAGCCUAGCAGAUGCGAGUAUGCUGCUGUAUUGUCAACUCCCGCACUUUGCGUUGAAGAGAAGCUAAAGGAGCUGCAGCAGAAACUCGAUGCCAUGUCGUCAAACCAGUCCGGGCAUGAUGAGCUCUAAACUAUUCUGGUGAUGCAAGGAACAAUAAAAUGUCACCAGGAAGCAUAACUCUCACAGUUACGUUCAUAACCAUAAGAGAGGUUAAUGAGGUAUAUGAACAGAAAAGGGACCGAGCUGGAGAUCUUGGAAUGUAGCGUUCAGAUCGCCACCGAGGCAAUGUUAGCUUGGCUCUAUUUUUUUAGCUGAAUGUUAGGACGUUGCAAUUUUUCGCCUCAUCCUGAUUUGUUGGUAGAGGCAACUGCAACUGAGCUCUUCUUUUUUAUUUUACGAUCUGUUCUAUUUAUUUAGGUAAAUAAGCUAGACUGUUGUAUCUCCAGCUUCACGGCCAAUCAGACAUGCAUAAUGUCUUAAGAUCAUGGUGCUUGUAAUACAUUCGAUGAAAACAGUGAGAAAUAGUACAUCCAGAACCAGCAUAACUUUAAAGCUA